UUACACGUUUCCUUUCAUCGAAUUUUCCUCUGAAAUAAAUUAAUUGUUUUGUUCAUUAUAAUGCCGCGGCACCGGACUCUAGUGAACAUUGGCCACCAUAUCAUGAAGCGCUUCAAGCAGUUAGAUCUUAAGGUUGAAGAGGAGUUCGUCAUUUUUGCUGUUCAUUUGUUGGCAAGAGACCAGCGGAAAGGUCUGCUUAAAUAUGACCUCAAUAAACCCACAGCCUGUGCCAUUGACUCCUUUGUGAAUACAAUUGUGGACAGCUAUGUGGAUCCUAAGGAUUGUACAAUGGCUAAUGCUAAGAUGGCGUGGGUGAUGAAGAAAGGAGUAACCAUAGAUCUUGAAUACGUCAAAAAGACAUACGAGGAAAAGUUCCAAACUGAACUGCAGCUCCUUAUCAAGGAUAUUCUUCAGUACCCGGAGACAUGUAGUAAGGUGCAGCUGGAUCAGCUUUUUGCCAAGAUGCAGAUAUUCAUCGUGGCCUGCUACAAUCUGGGCUCGCCCAAGAACCAUGUCCUUUUGAAGCUGACGGCCCAGGCCCUAAACAGCGUUAUCGGACGUAGCGAUCUACAGAAUUAUGUCUUAAAGAAGAAGUACCAUCGGUUGGAGUAUCUUCAGCGAUUGGCGGCCACUGUGGGAGGCAUAGUAAUUUAUAAUAAUGAUGGCCCUGAUGGAGACAGGGAGAAUGUGAGAAGUGUUAUUGAUGAUCUGGAAAUGGCACAGAAGAACACAGAAGCAGCAUUCACAGCCAGUAUGGAGAAGGCUGUCAAGAUGCAAUCCAUCUGCCAGGCGGCCCUUGAAGACCUUGUACAUAUUGAUCAUAUCGAUGAGACCGUGACAUAUCGAGUGCCCCUAGAGCACUUGAAUCGUCUUAAUCAGUUCUCGAUUACCUACUUCAUGAUGCACCGUUGUCUGACAACUCUGAACGAGCAUUACCAGAGCACAGUAUAUCUAAUAGAAGUGGAGCAGAAGCGUUAUAACUGUGUGGUCGCCAAGAUUAACGAUGCCCUCUCCAUGCGGACUGCCAUUGAUUCGGAGCUGGUCUUUCCGCACUUUGUGUACAUUUCCCAGGUGUGGGGCAAUCUUAACAACUUCCUAAACCACAUUGUUGAGUUAAACAAGCUAAGGGAGCAGGUGGAGGCUUUGGUCGUCGACGAAUUGAUGACCCUGACAAAGGCUACCGUUGCCGAGCUACAGGCACUGAAUAAACGCAUAAAAAAGCCCAAGACCUGCACUUUUGAGGAGCGUAUGGAUGCUGUGAAGGACCUUCAGACGGAUGGCAACUUCUGCAAUCUGAACAAAGCCGAUAUAAAAGAGUUUUGCUCGCUAGCCAUGACUAUAACCAACGGUCUGCUUAUGCCGGCCCAAGUGACCAGAAAACUUUGCUCUAAUGUAGACAUAACUUUUGGUUUCCGGGAUCCAAAAUCCGCGCGCUUCGCAGAGCUCCGGUUUGAGCCAUUCAUAGCUACUUUUAGGAAAGUGGUAUUCAACAGUGCUAGUCUUGCGCUUCUGUUUAAGCUUGACGAUGCCCUGAUAGAGCUGGAGCUACAGGAUCUCAUAGUUGAACCUCCAAAACAAAAAGAUUUUAAGUGUCAAACCGAAAUGGUCGUUACCAAUGACCUAUCGCCUGCCAAUUGGAUUAACGUUACAUGGAAUGCAUGGGACUACCAUAGAGAAACAAUACAUUUGGCCAACAUUCGAAAGCGUCAAACCAACGAUACGCAGACCAAGAUCAGUUACGGACAGCGCAACGCCCAAAAUCAAACCUAUAAUUGUCGUCAACAUAUGCAAUAAGAACAAAAGCCUUCACUCACCACCUUU